ACAGCCAGUGGUGCGCAUAGUGCCUGUGCGAAUUGAGCAGGAAGCGAGCUAUACGACAGCAACAGAACGAGCAGCAAUGGGCGCCAAGAAUUCCAAGCAGCAACAACAGCAACAGCAGCAACAACAGCAACAGCAGCAACAACAGCAGACGGAGCAGCAGCAGCAACAGCAGCAGCAGGCUAUCAAAGCACCAGGUAGUCCACGACAGGCCAAGGUCAUAGUGCAUCGCAUAGUGCGCGAAGGAGAUGAUGAAGUAGAUGCACAGCAGCAACAGUUGCCACAGCAACAACAACAACAGCAGCAACAUCAGCCAAAUCAAGCAGAGCAAGAGCUGCCAGCAGCUGUGCAAGAGAUCUUGGCCAAUUGUCAGCUGCAACAGCCGCUGACAAAGCAACAACAACCGUCAAAUGCACAACAGCAACAGUCGCCAGCACCGCAGCAACAUGCAGCAAACCAGCCGCUGCAACGCAGCACCAAGGUGAUCAUACAUCAGAUACGCAUCGAGACGGAUGAACAGGAACGCGCUCGCAGAGGUAAGCCAACAAUUGAGGAGAUCAGCAGCACCACAGCAACACCCGCACACAGCAAUAGCAACACAACAACAGCAACAACAACGACAGCAACAGCAGCAGCGCCAGCGACAUCAUCAUAUGAAAAUAAACCAAGAGCAGCAGCAGCUGAUCAGUCGCUGCCUUACGCAUUCGAGCAGUCGAGCAAACACAGCAGCAACAUCAGCAGCAGCAGCAGCCACAGCCACAGCCACAGCCACAGUCACAGUCACAGUCAGAGUCACAGCAGCAACAGCAACUACAUGAACGGCAGCAAAUUUCCAGCCAGCAUGGAGAGUGAAUUGGCGCGCAUGUUUCCGAGCAUCGCGCAGCAGGGCGACAUUUUCGCGGAGCAACGCAAGCGAUUCUCCAACAUUGAGUCGAGCAGCCGGCAACAGUUGCUGCCGGCGCAGAGCAAACGCUACUCGAACAUUGAGACGAGCUCGUACGAGUCCCAGAAGCGUGUGGAGAACGGACAAGUGGUCUACGACAGCAGCAGGAGCAAGCGCGAGCAGCGGGAAGAGGGCGAGCCGCUGACUGGCAAUGAUAAGCAGGCAGCAACAGUUGCAACAGCAGCAGCAGCAGCAGCAACAACAGUGGAUGAGGUGGAUUGUGCACCGCCCCCUGUGCCGCCACCGCCGGCAGCAGCUAAUAUUAUGUCAGCAACGAAAUUAAAUGGCUUGUCAAACACUUUCAACGAUGACGCACAGCAGCAGCAACAGCAACAGCAGCAACAUAAAGAGAGCAGCCAGACAACAACAGCAACAUCUACAGCUGGCAGCCACGCCAAGGUGAACACUGGCAGCGGCACUUAUGAGGAAUUUCGGCAACGUGCCAAAGCAGCGCUCGACGCAAUUGCGCAGCCUUCGCCGGACAAUGAAAAGCUCUUCAAGGACUUUGACGCCCUCUCCCAGCAGCUGAAUGCCGAGCUGCAAACGGGACGCGAGCAGCGGCAGCAGCGCGACAAAUCUGCCUCGCUCUACGAUCUCAGUCGGUUGACCAACAGCAGCAGCAGCAAUGGCAACGGCAGCAACAGUUGCCAGCAGGAGCAGCUGAAGCGUCAGCGACAUGCGCACAUGCAGGAGCUGGAGCGCGAGAUCGAGCGCUCGGCCAGGUCGCGGCAGGAGCGCCUGUCCUCGGUGCCGCGCACUGUGGAGAUACCCGUUGAGCUGGCGCCGGACUACCGGAGCCGUCGCUCCGAGUCGCUGUGCAAUCUCAGCGAGAACGGCGGGCAGCGGCCGCACACGUCCGCGGAGCACUAUCCGCGCCAGCAGCAGGACGACUGGGCGCGCUAUGCCAACGACCUGGGCUACUCGGAGAACAUUGCGCGUCCGUUCGCGCGCGAGGUGGAGAUCUGCUAUCAGCGGCAGCGACAGCCGCACAGCGCGAUACGCGCUCCACGGCUCUCGGCCAGCACGAACGAUCUGUCCAGCAGCAGCAGCUACGAUGGCUUCAAUGCGUACGGAGGCGGCAGGAGGCAUGCGCCCAUGCUGCAGCAGGCGCCGCAGCAGCAGCGACCGCACUACGCCAGCUGCUACUCGAUGAUUGAGCGCAAUCCUAAUCCCACGUACAUCAGCACCACCUCCAGGCGUGGCGUCUCGCCGGCGCCACAGACGCCGCACUCGGGCCAGCCUCCUGCCUACGACCGGCAGCAGCGACGCGCCUCGCUGCCGCGCGAGCUGCACGAACAGCAGCUGAAGUAUAUACUGAGCAAGGAGGAGGAGCUGAAGCUGGAGUUUGAGCGGCUGCAGCAGGAGCGUCGGCGGCUCAUGGAGGAGAUGGAGCGGGCGCCCACCGUGUUGCAGGCGCCGCCGCCGCGACGCGAGAGCUACCGGCCGGCGCCGAAGCUGCCGACGCUGAGCGAGGACGAGGUGUUCCGCCAGCAGAUGGCCGAGGAGUGGAUGCACAAGGUGGCGGAGCGCGAGGAGCGGCGCCAGCACAAGAUCAUCAAGAUCUCGAAGAUCGAGGAUGAGCAGCAGCACGCCACCGAGGAGCAGGCGAACAUUAGCGACGAGUUCCUCAAUCGGGUCAAGGAACGGCGCCACAAGCUGGCCAUGCCCGCGGACAGUGACUGGGAGAGCGGCGCCGAGUCGCAGCCGGUGCAGGGCAAGGCGGAGUCCGACGUGGAUGGGGAGCCGGUGCCGCCAGUGCGUGUGCUCGAGGGCCAGGCGGAGGCGAAUCUCCGCGAGCUGCCGCGCCAUUUGCGCGAAUUCGCCAAGUUCAGCAGCUGCGAGCAGCUGGAGGGAGGCCAAGUGGAGCGGCACGAGCAGCAGGAGAGGAACGAGAGCGCCACGGACAAUGCACAGUGCAGCGCCACCAAGAAGUCGACCAUUGUGAAGACGUACAAGGUGUCCCGGCUGCCGCCGUCUGUCCAGGCCAAAGCAAUUAAAACGACAGCGACGCCAACGUCGACGACGACGCCAACGCCGAUGCCGAUGCCAGCGCCGAAGCCAGCGCCGAUGCCAGCGACGGCAGCGAAGUCACAUGUACGGCAACAGCGACAGAAGCAGACGCGAUUUCUGCUCUCGCCGCAGCAGCUGUUGCAGCAGCAGCGCAAGCGACGCAGCUGGUCCGAGAGCGAUCUGCUCAAGGAGAUAGACAACGAGCUGCAGCUAGCCAAGGGCUUUCUUUAUGCCAACGUCUACAAAGUCAAGCACGAGUAUAUGAGCGAACCGGAAACGGAAAGCGAUCGUCCGAGAAAAAUGGCACAGUUAGGUCGACGGCAAUACGAAGGGAUCGGUCCCGUUACCAACGAUGGAAUGCCCAUCAUACUCAGAUCGGAGGUCCAGGAACCGCAUCAGCAUGAAUGGUAUAAGCGCCUCUAUCAGACCAUACAUAAGCAGAAGAAUGGCGACGAAUUUGUGAUACGCUACAAGUGUCCCAGAGCUCGUCCAUCCUAUAAGAGCAAUGGUUAUGUCUCUGAGCCCGAGCCCAACUACGAUUCCGAUUACUCAACAGUAAAAUAUCGUACACCCAAUCCGCUGCGCGUGCAAUCGGUCUCGUCGGCUGUAAAUGUGCGCAAUCUAAACCAGGACGAUAAAUUGUAUGGUACUAUGCCCAAUCCCAUAAAAUCGGCACAAAACUCAUACAAGAAUCAACCUGGUCGCAUUGAGGACUAUACCACGGGCCAUUCGUCCGUUUCGGAGAAGGAGAAGAAGGAGAAUUUGGAACAAUCGAAACUAUCGCCGCUUUACACAGAAGGCAAUUUGUCAAGAGCUCUGGCCAAAGAACCUGGUUAUACCAGCGAUUCCAAUCUAGUCUUUCGCAAAAAGGAGCUGCCAGUUAGCAGUCCGCUGAGUCCUGUGGAGCAGCGUCAGGCCUACAAGAGCUUACAAGCCGGUGGUGAGCCGCCUUUGCUUGGCUUCCGCAAGCCAGCGCCCGAGAAACCCAAAGAAAUUGUAGAAGAGUUUGAAUUUAUACAGAUAACGCCGACGCUAACCAAAAUACGCGUCAGCACCAAGCCUUUAGAGGAGACUAAGGAAGAAUCAGAUAAAGUCAAGGUAGCAACGCCACCACCACCACCUCCUCCACCACCACCGCCGCCGCCUCCUCCGGCUACAGCUACCAAAAUGUUUACGCAUUUCUCGAAGAAUCUGCCCUCGUUUAUACCGUUAAGCAAGAAGCAGCAGCAGCAGGAGUCUCCGCCUCUACCGCCCAAUCGUCGCUCCUCCUGCACGAAGAGCACGGUGCGCGUGGAGAAGAUAACGAGCAGCUGCUCGAAAUCGCGCCACGAUCAAUGCUUUCAGCCACCAGGCGGGACUAGCAACAGCAACAGCAAUACUAUUACCCUGCGCAAGGUCUCUACCGCGCGUCGGGAGCCCAUCUGUCGCUCCAAGUCCACGGGCGCCGUGUCCACUUUGCUGGCCACGCUGACCGCCACCAAGGAGACGCGCAGCAAGGAUGGCUGUCUGAUGAGAGUGCAGCAGCAGCAGCAGCAUCACGCUCGCCUGCGCUCCGUCAGUCCGAGCCGUCGUCCGGCGCGCCUCCUGGCGCUGCGCCAUUCGAGUCGCAGUCCCGUUGCCUUUGGGCGCAGCAUUUCCAAGGAGCGCAGCUUUGCCGAGGAGAAGAAGCGACUGGAGAAUACGCUGCCUGCGGGCCGCACCAAUUUUGAGGCUAGCACGAAUAUACUGAGGGAUCCCUCGCUGAAGUCGCCGCAGGAGGUGCGCGAGGCGGUGCGCUCGUACGCCACGUGCAAGGCGCAGCAUACGCGCAGCAAAUCGUUGCCGCGCUUGCGCCACAGCACCGUUAGCACCACCACGCGCCACACCAUGUGCUUCCCCCAGGUUCGGCCGCAGAAUCUGCUCGACUGCAGUCGCGCUCUGAAGAAGGUGAUGCCCAAAAGCAGCAAGGUGCAGACCCAGACCAUUGCCACGGUGCAUCGCAGAGCCUCGAACGAGAGCUUGCCCAGGAGCAACUCCACCUACUCCAUUGACUCGGUGGUGCGACAGGAGUAUGUGCCCAUAGCACCGCCCAAAACCUAUGUGGAUAAGUCGAAGCCACUCAAAUCGCUGCCAGCGCCGCUGCAGACCAGCCGCAGCGAGGGUCACGUGCCACGCAAACGCGCCGGCACCGCCAAAACCACCAAGACCACUGCCAAGUCCAAGCCAGCUGUGGCCCAGCAAUCCUACAGCGAGACGGUGCGCGAGAAAACUCACUUCUGGAACGAUUACAAUGCCAAGCAGAGCCAGACCCAAACGCCCCACUCGCUGCCGCAGCUAAUCAAUGGCGGCACCACCGCCGACUACAAAUACUGCUCGCUGGUGGAGCCGGCCUACGGCGAGGAUAUCUAUGACUACACCGCACCGCCGCCCUCCAGCUGCAUUGAGGAUCUCGUGUGGAAGUAUGAGAGCAAGGCACAGGCAGGCGCUCGACCGCAGGCUGUCACGGACAUCGCCCGUCCGCAGUCGCCCGAGGUAGUGCAGCGUCGCUUCUCACCCACGCGUGAAGUGCGUGUGCCGCAGCCGCAGCCGCAGCAGUCACAGCAGCAGCGGGAAGUGCGUUCGCCCUCUCGUCGUCGCAUCGACAGUCUGCGCUCGAGCCAGCGCCAGGACAAGGAGCACCAGCAGGCGGUGGCACGUGCCAGCAGCCUGAGCAGCGCCGACGAUCGCAGCAGGCGGCAGCAAGGCGGUGCAGACAGCACUACCGCUGGCGGCCUCUAUCAGUGCGGCGAGCUGGCGCACAGUGCCACCUCGCUGGUGCAGCUGGAGCGGCACAGUCCGAGCUGCCGCUACCGCAACAACUGCGAACGCUUCACCGAGCUGAAUCGCUUCUACAGCACCUUGGAGCGGGUGGGGCAGCUGGAGCGGGCCACCUCGGCUAGCAACUUUCAUCCGUUGCGCAAGGAUGCGGAGCUGCUCGACUUCGAUGAGUGGCGCAAGGUGCGUCUGCACGAGCGGGCCGAAAAGGAGCUGCAAUACCUGGUGGGCAAGCUGCAGUCGGAUCAGCGGGAACGCGAUCUGCACUUUCGCUCGAAGGACGUGAAUGAGAUCAAGUGGCGGCAGGAGGCGGACCAGGCGCUGCAUGCCAAACAGAAGUCCGUCGAGGAUUUGCGCGAGAAUUUCGAGCAGCUGCAGCUGCUGAAGCGGCAGCGCGCCGAGGCGCAGCUCCUGCCGCCCGUGCAGCGUCAAUGGCGACGCAAUACCGUCGCAGAUCUGGCGAGCAGCCUGGAGACACAGUCCCAGGCCCAGGCCCAAGCCCAGGCGGAGCGACAUCUGAACAACGAUCUGGUUAGCACACUCUCCAAGGAUCAGAUCAAGAAGAUAACCCAGCAGCUGAACGAGAUCUAUGCGGGCAAUAGAAGGGCCACGGUGGAGGAGCAGUAUGUGGUGACCGUGGAGAAGGACUCCAAGCCGAGCAGCCAUGCGAAUACGCUGAAAGUGCGCUGCAAUUCGAGCAUCAGCAAGGAGCAGCUGCUCGGGCCGGUGCUGCGCAAGCGCGAGGAGCAGCAGCAGGCGCAGACGCUGCCACGUGCCACGCGCAGCCAGUCGCCGGUGGUGGUGGCUCGCGAGACACGCGGCGCCAUAGCCGCCAAGAAUGCGGAGCUAAGCCUGAGCAAGCCGCCCGAGGUGCCGCCACGGCCCAAGCCCAAAGCGGAAUCCAAGCCAAGCGUGGCCAAGGCUGAGACUGAGAGGGAGUCGCAGCAGUCGCAGCAGCCGCAGCAGUCCCUGGAGCCGCAGGAGUCCAAAGAGAAUCCCAUCAAUCAGAAAAUCCAAUAUUUCGAGGAGCGCCAGUUCGAAGAGCCCAGCAAGACCAUCUACCAUGCGCGCGAGGACAGCUCCCCGGACGAGGCCGAGGUGAUGCGCCUCAUCGAGCAGAACAUGCAGGCCAGGCAGCAGGCCCGCCACCACCACAGCCACAGUCACAGCCAUAGCCACGCCCACACCCAGCUGGUGCACACGGAGCUGAGCAACUCGCUGACCGAUCUGAGCGGCAUCUACGGCGAACGCGCCGCGGCACGCGUAAAUUUUCACUUGCACAGCCCGCCCGAGCGGCCGCCCGAGGAGGAAGCCGCGCCCGAUCCGGCGGGCGAGCUGCACAGCUACGGGGCUGGUUCGCCCGCUGGCAGCGUUGAGCUGUACGAUGCGUACUAUCGGUCGCGCAGCCUGUCGCCGCAGUCGCAGGUGUCGGCCUGCUCCAGCUCCUACUUGCAGCGCGUCUACACGGGCGAGGUGCAGAAGAUCAAGCAGAAGUUCGAGAGCAUCGAGCGGGAGCAGUCCAACGAGCGGCGUCAUUUUUUUGGGCUUAGCCAGCUGCGGAAGGCGCGCAGCGAUCCUCAACUGAAGGCCGGAGGAUCAAAAGACGCCUCGGGCAACGCUGCGGAUGCGUUGCCAGCCGCCGAUGACGGCGUCAGCCAGCUGACGCACAGGUUUGAGCUACGCGCUGCCACGCCCACCGGCUCGCCAGAUCGUGGCCGGCGGCGACAGCGCGGACUCCUCAUGCCGCACAUCGACAUCAUCAGCAAGACGGCGGAGCUGCUGCCGGCCAAGGCGGCCAGUCCGACGCGCAGCCACAGCAGCAACAGCUGCUCCACGGGCCACGUGCAGACGCUGCGCCAUCGCUACGAGUCCCCCGAGCCGGGCCAGAGUCUGCCCCAGCGUUAUCUCUCCACCUCGCUGGCAGAUCUGCGGGAUGUGCACGAUAUCUCGCCCCACUUGAGCGGCGACUGGGUGGCCCACAAGCAUCCGCAGCGCACGCCAGCGCUGCCCAAGAAGCCCCAACGCCAGCCUGGCCCCCGAGCCAGCUCCACCUCGCCCAUGCGUCCGGCCAGGGCGAGUCAGCAGCCACAGACAACAGCCACUUCCGACAUCUUUGCCAACCAGCAAUUCGAUGCCCACAAGCAUCGGCCCAAGGCGCGCUAUGUGCCCGACGGGGAGCCAGCGGCUAGCGCCCGGCGUUGCCCGGUCGGCAGUCUGGAACGUCUCAAACGCAGCGCCAUGGCGGUCACAUUUAAAGACGUCAAUAUACACUUCAAGACCCCACUCCGGCAUGAGUACAAGCCAAACAUAUCGGAUGAGGAAUUAGCCAUACGUCAAGCGGAGCAUAUGCAAAAGUUAUACCAGGAGGAGCGUCGACGCAAAUAUCUACAGGAGCUGCAGGACAUGAAUUCGCGACGACACACCGACAAUUUCACACCCUCACAAAAGUCGCCGAUUGCCCUCAAUCGUUACGAUGACUUCCCCACAGACGUGACGCUUAAGUCGCUCGUGGGACCCAAAACAGUGGCACGCGCUCUCUACAAUUUCCAGGGACAGAGCUCCAAGGAGCUCUCGUUCCGCAAGGGCGAUACCAUCUAUAUACGACGACAAGUCGAUCCCAAUUGGUAUGAGGGCGAGUAUAACGCCAUGAUUGGAUUGCUGCCUGCUAGCUAUGUGGAGAUUAUCAGUCGAGAUGGCGCUCGCACACCCUCGAAGCGUCCCUCCGAGGGUCAGGCUCGUGCCAAGUACAACUUCCAAGCGCAGUCCGGCGUUGAGCUCUCGCUGAACAAAGGCGAGCUGGUCACACUAACACGUCGUGUCGAUGGCAAUUGGUUUGAGGGCAAAAUAGCCAACCGCAAGGGCAUUUUCCCUGUCUCCUAUGUGGAGGUCUUAACCGAUAUUGGUGCGGAAGAUAUUGCGGCUAGAACGACAACAGUUAUCAACACUCAGAGCACCACAAAUUUGCGUCCAAAUCUGGACGUGUUGCGCACAAAUAUCAAUAACGAGUUCAAUACGCUAACCCAGAACGGAGCACAUCCGCCCAAUGGCAUACUGAAGGAGACCCGCACGCUGCACAAGACAGAUGCACUCCAUGUGGAUACCAGCUCCGAGCCACUCACCUAUCGCGCUCUGUACAAAUAUCGGCCACAGAACUCCGACGAACUGGAGAUCUUCGAGGGCGAUCUGGUGCAUGUUCUAGAGAAAUGCGACGAUGGCUGGUAUGUGGGCACCUCGCAGAGAACGGGCUGCUUUGGCACAUUCCCCGGCAACUAUGUGGAACGUGUAUAAGCCCAAAAAAA